AUUCCAGGAACAAACUAAUUACAUAACUUCCGUUUGUUUCAUAUUUUCAGUUUUACAUGCUAAGGUAACCAAAGGCGGUUUAGAAAUUCAUAUAUUGAUAACGAUCUCGUCGAUGCGUGAACAGUGUCUUUUUAUGUAGAUCGAAUGAGCCAAUGUACGAGUUAACAAGAAUUUCCAUCAUGCCGUUCCUUCCAAAAUAAAUGAUGAUGGGCAUUUUUUCAUUUAAAUGCAGUGACAGGUGAUAUAUCGAGAGUAAUCAAGUUAAACAGAAUAAGUAAAAUCGGCGUUGAGCUGUCAAAAACAAUAUUCCAGCGACUUGGCAUUUGUCGUCAAUGCAAACAAGAAACUCCAUCAAGAGGAAAUUCGGUUCAAAAUGUAAAUUGUGUUUCGAGAACAUUUCUGAAAGUCAAAAAGCUUUUCAUCAUUUGAAUAUUAAUUGUUUGUAAUCAAAUUAUAUAUACACAUGCCCAGUGUAUUCUCCUGUGAGCCAUGGAAUCAAUCUUCAGUGAGAGCAGCUCAUCCACUGAAAAACCAAAACAGAAGUCAUACUCAGGUUACAUUAUAACUGGUACCCUAGCUGGUAUAGUGUUUGGCAUUCACCUGAUAGCAGGGCCAUUUAUUACCCCAGCACUGAGGAGGGUGUGCCUGCCCUUUGUCCCCGCCUCGGAGGAACAGGUGGAGAAUGUGUUCCGAAUGUUAAAAGGCAGGAAAGGAAAGUUCAUAGACCUGGGCAGUGGGGAUGGAAGGCUUGUCAGAGAAGCGGCAAAGAGGGGCUUCACAGCUGAUGGUGUGGAGAUGAAUAUUUGGUUGGUACUGUAUUCCAAAUUCAAAGCUGCAAGGGAAGGUCUCACAUCAAAGACUAAAUUCAUCAGAACAGAUCUCUGGAAGCAUAAUCUUCAGCAAUAUGACAAUAUUGUCAUUUUUGGAGUCCAGAGUAUGAUGAAGGAACUUGAGAAGAAAAUUAUCGCAGAAAGUAAAGGUGAUGUGAGAGUUGUCGCCUGUAGAUUUCCUCUACCGAAUAUUGAACCCGAGGCUGAAAUAGGCACUGGCGUGGACACAGUCUGGCUUUAUAAAAUACCCAAAACAUGAUUCUUGUCCGUAUUAAAAAAAUCUGUUUUACAGCCCUAAAAGGUGAUAGCAAUGUCUGAGUACUUUUUAAAAAAGCAGUAAAUUUAUGCAUGUGUGUGUUUUUUCUUUGUGGGUUAUGGAACUGUAUUUCAGUAUAAAUAACCUUAGAAGUGUGGUAAAAGUGAUAUAAGUGUGAAAUUUGACUUUUAAAAUGACAGAUAUUCUGCCUCCAGGAAGAUUAUCACUUCAUGUGGGUGUAAAAUGGCCACACCUUAUACGCUGUUUUGUGUGAUAGUGUCUGGAUAACAAUAUCGAAGUGAAGAGAAAUCGGAGUACAACAUCAGGGUUACCCCACAGUUUUCCCGGGUUCGUGUUUCCUUACAUUGACCAGGAUUACCCAAGUUGUACUCGAGAGGAUAAGAUUCAUUCUAAAUCAAGUACAACAGAUUUUAUUCAUUCUAAGUGUGAGCUACCUAUGGGAACCAAGACUAAGCUUUGGAUUAAAAUGCUGAGUGUCCAAAGUUUAAAAAAUUAAAUUUAAAAAGUGUAUUAAAUAUAUACUGUAAUGUUGAUUUAUAAUUUUUGUGAUAUUUUUUCUUAAUAUUUAUGGUACACUAUGCAACAUUUUUGAACAUACAUUGUAUACUGUAUAGAGUGUUCAAGUACACAAAAUUUGCAUAAUAACGAAACUUAUUGUGGUUAAUUGUUAUAAAAAUCAUUCCUUUUUAUCAUCCUUCUAUUAAGUUCUAUAAAAGUUAUUUUUAAGGUGUGAUUUUCCAAAAGAAAUUAAUUGUCUCCCAUGCUUCCACAAAAGUGAUGAAUAUAAUUUGGGUUUGUCCAUUCUUCCAUCUGUGUGUGUCAUACACUAGUAUGAAGUCAUAUGGAAGACAUCUCAGAUUUUUGAGAUAAAAUUUUCUAAGAUAA